AUGGCAUUAGAUACCAACACGACCACUGCGCCAGUUCAAAGCUCAACCGAGGAUGCCCAGAAUAACCAUCAUCCGGAGGUAUUUGAUCUUAUCGGCAUUGGUUUUGGUCCUGCCAACUUAUCGCUUGGCGUUAGAUUAGCCGAAGAAAAUCUAGCAGUAGCCAGCAUCCAUCAACCCCGGGCUCGUGGUGAUGAUGAUGAGGACCAUAAUCAUCACCAAGCGAAAACUGCUCUCAAGACUUGCUUUAUUGAAUCAAAUCAGUGCUUUCGUUGGCAUCCUGGAAUGAUGAUUGACGGAAGUCGAAUGCAAAUCUCAUUCCUCAAGGAUCUAGUAACGCUGCGUAACCCUUGUUCGCCGUUCAGCUUCCUGAACUAUCUACACUGUCAAGGAAGGCUUAUCGAUUUUAUCAAUCGCGCGACAUUUACCCCGACUCGCCUCGAAUUCGCUGAUUAUUUGGCUUGGGUGGCCCGUCAAGUGGUAGUGGUUUCCUCAUCGUCAUCAGCGACUUCCAGCAAGAACAAGAUUACUAGUCCAAGCAAGCUAAACUCGAUCGAUUUAUGCUAUGGUGAACGCGUCAUCGGCGUCGAGGGCGUCAGAGGCCCAACGGGUGAUGUCGAAUUCCUUCGAGUCUCUUCUACCAAGCCUUCAAAUGGCGGCCUUCAGCAGCACUUGUGCCGGAACUUGGUCAUCUCUGUUGGCGGGACUCCUAGAGUGCCCAGAUCUUUCCAAGAGAUUGGGUACAAUGCGCCCCCCAAACAACCGGCUUUCGUCAUACACACGUCUACCUUCCUGCAAGAUAUCGAUCAGAUCCUACGAAGGCUCAUCUGGUCCGCCUCCUCUUAUCCGGAUGAGCGUCCGGCGCGUCAGCAACCAAUUUGCAAUCCCAAACUGAACAGACCAAACUCUGCAAGCAGCGUCAACUCAGUGACACCCUCAGAUGAUCUGGCAUCUUGUUCCUCACCCGCCGAGCCAGCGUUUAGCGACCAGUCACCACCAGGUUUGCUGAGAAAAAUUAAGAUCGCAGUGAUCGGCGCCGGGCAAAGCGCGGCUGAAACACUAAUUGAGACUUACAAUCGACUCAAGCCUCUGAUGGCAUCUUUCGACGGAGCAGAAACCUGUGCGGAGCUCGAUUUACUCAUCAAGCAAGGCCAUUUGCGGCCGUCGGACGACUCUCCAUUUUCCAAUGAAGUUUUUAAUCCUCAGUCGACCAAUUUCUUCUAUGACCUCAGCGCUCAAGAACUUCGACCGCGGUUGAGUGCUCAGUCGCAGAUAAAUGGUCACAAGAAAUUAAACGACAUCCUCCUGAAGGAGGCUGCGGCAACUAACUAUGCGGUCGUGAAUCCCGAAACUCUUGGCACUUUAUACGAGACUAUGUACUCUCAAAAAGUAGAUCAGGGAAUGGACAGGGGUCAAUUUGGAGACUCCGGCCGAGCCAACGUGGUCAAAAUCAACAUCAUCAACUACACUGAUGUCUCAGCAGCAGAAGCAAACUCUAGCGGGGACGGAUCUGUCGACGUGAUUCUCGAGAAUGUCCUGACAGGAACGACAAGUAAGGCUCAUUACCAUGCCGUUAUCCUAGGAACCGGUUACUCGAGACAAAGCUGGAAGGAUAUUUUGUUUGGGAGACCAACCAAGUUUACCGGAUCGGGUAUCAACCUCCGAACUCUGUGGCCAAACUUAUCCAUCGAUUCGCUGCACGGCUUCCACCUUUCAUCAGAACACUCAACAGAUGGAAGUCCCACCAAUUCAGACAUUGUAUCCAGCGGACUAUCCGACGAACACGACCAUGACUCUUGUCCAUCUGAAGCUUCUCACAGAACCCCCAUCGACUUGAAUAUUGCUAGAAACUAUCGUUUGUUGCUUCCUGAAACCUUCGUUGAACCAGACCCCUCAGACUCCUCAACAUCGGCCUCUUCUGCGAACCAAAAGAUCAGAGUUAGGAAGUUCCGACCUACUGUUUGGCUUCAAGGUUGCAACGAGAAAACUCACGGAAUCAGUGAUAGCUUACUCAGUGUCUUGUCGGUUCGAUCAGGUGAAAUCUUCGAUGGUAUUCAACAGGAAGGAUGGUUCGAUAAAUUGCCGGAAAUAAAAAUUGCGAAUUAG